AUGAGCGGUCGCUAUGCGUUAAUCACAGUACUAGAAUGUGGCAAAUACGAAACAAUGACGAGCACUCAGCAUCAAUUAGGAGCAGAUGUACAGCGCUGUUGUGUGCACAGAAAACGCCACCUCAUUUUACGCUAUUGGCACUACAAAAUAUUACGUAAUAAGGUCACUGUAACUUGCAUUAUAGAACCUAAAGAUUUAGUUCGCACGACGACUUCAGAAGACAUCUAUGGUCAAUGGCAUUGUCGUGAGAAGAUCUUCUGGAAACAGAAAAUCAUAGGCGAUGAAGAAAAAAUUUUGCACUUUAAGUUAAGUUAG